AUGCUUAAGGAAGAGUAUGGUUACCCAGAUACUCUUGACUUUAGUGACAGAUAUAAAGAAGCUAUUAGAAAGUUCAAGGAAGGAAAUACUGACCCGAACCUAUUUAGCUUUAUGGCUCAGCACCAAAUGGGAUAUAAUUUCAAACCUGGAAAAUACAAGCUCGCUAAGGGAUAUGAUUUAAUAGCAUAUCAUCCAAAUGACAUGACUGAAUUUACUCCAAGAUAUUUGGUGUCAGAGCUAAAUGAUAAUUCAACUCUCUUCAUGAAACGCGUAAAAAAUAGAGACGGAACGAAAAAAGAAAGGUUUAUGAGUCCGGAUGACUUAGAUAGGGAACUUUUUAAAAACGGUCUCGGAAUAUAUGAAAUGCCAGCAGAUGAGGUACAAGAAACUCCACAGGAAGAACUAGUUCAGAUACAACCAGACAUGGAAGAAAUAGUUCAGCAACAACAGCUAGAAGAGCCUGAAGGAAACGAACAAGUCACUCCUUUGGAAACUAACUUCACAGAACUAGAUGAAGAUUUGGAACAGCCGAAAAAUCUUGACCCUCAACAAGAGUAUGCGGAGAAUAUGGAAUAUUUCCAAGAGUCUAAAAAAAAUUCGGCUGACAUAGUAGAAGAAUAUCGAAAAAUGUUUGCCGACAUACAAAAGACUCCAGCACCAGAUGAAAAUAUUCAGCAUAGAAUGGAAGAACUGAAAAAAAAUGUACACAAAUACAACAACCCUUUUUACUUACGAGCAUUUAACGUUCAAUCUUCGGAUGAACUCGGUGAAGAUAAAAGGUUAAAUUUCAAGAAAACAUAUAGAAAUGAAACAUUGUUUAAAGUUCAUUCAGAACCUAACCA